UUUUUUUUUUUGAGCCGGAGUCUCACUCUGUUGCCCUGGCUAGAGUGCAGUGGCCCGGUAUCAGCUCACUGCAAGCUCCACCUCCCGGGUUCACACCAUUCUUCUGCCUCAGCCUCCUGAAUUGCUGGGACUGCAGGCGCCUGCCAUGAUGCCCGGCUAAUUUUUUGCAUUUUUAGUAGAGACGGGAUUUCACUGUGUUAGCCAGGAUGGUCUUGAUCUCCUGACCUCAAGAUCUGCCCGCCUCGGCCUCCCAAAGUGCUGGGAAAUAUCAUAUUUACAUGAAAAUGAAUGUUCCUGGUGAUAAACAUCAUUCUUGGGCUAGAUAGUAAAAUCCACCAAUAACUAUGGUAAAAAGAAAGAAUAAAGUUUAGAAUGAACUGAGAGUAGUAUGUUCCAGCAGAAGAUAAACGUUAGGAAAAAUGCAUGCAUAAGUGAUCUUGUUAUAUUUUUAAAUAAGCAUGUCCUUGAUGAGACCCUUAAUAGAGUUUUGAACAUCCCUGUUGAGAGAGUGGAGAGAGGAAGUGUUUUGUGUAGGCGUUCAGGAUCCCUGGGCUCCUCGUAGACAGAGCUACUCUCCCAUUUGCCUUCACCUUACCUCACCUGGCUAGUUGUUACUGCUUGUUAGCACUGGGGACUGGGCAUGGCUGUAUUGACAGCCUGUAAUUUAGUUGGUCUGUAUAAUUUGAUUUUUAGCUUGUAGGUGAGUUUUAGCUUGUGAACCUUUCGAGGGUUGGGAGAUUUCCACAUAUGACUCUCUUGUAGAGUCACAUAUGGAAACAGAAAAGAACGAAGAAAUUUUGUACUUAGUUUUUAGUUCAUUACUCUUAAUUAUCAGUCUUUUUCAAGUUGUUGUGCUUUUUCUUCAAGAACAAUCUUGUUCAGACCCUAAACCUAAAACUCACGGGGGAUAAAAAAAAGCAUGGCUGCUAAAAUUGAAGGUGGGUUUGGAGAGUGGAACCCUGCCUGCUUGCUGUUUUUACCCCCAACUCUCUUCUUCUCCCCGCCACAUCCACCCUACAUCCAGUCAUGGCCCCAUAAAGAUUCUGCAGUCAAACUUUCUGGUUUUAUAGGUGAAGAAAUGUUAGGCUCAGUGCUGUUGGACUCACUCCAAAUCACACUGUUAGGCAGUCGUGGAACUGGGAUUUGAGCCCAUCUUUUAUCACCAAAUCUACUAGUCUGCUGUUAUCGUUAUGUUGUAGACCAUGGAUAACUAACUUAAAAUAACUGUGUUCCCUGUGUUACAGUUUUCAAAGGGUUUCCACAUAUGUAGUCUCAUUCGAUUUUCACUCUGUGGACUGGCAGAGUAGAUUACUGUAACAGUAGUUCGUGUUUAUUGAAGGCGUACCCUAAAUGUUAAGGAUAAGGGUACUUUUGCAUUCGUGUAUUCACCCUUCAUCUGUUUUUUAAACUAAUUUUUUGAAAGACAGUAAUUGGCUGCCCUGUUAAUGUGACUGGAUAAGGAGAGAUUGGCAGGUUAUUUUAGGUUGUGAAUCACAGUUUCAGAAACCGUUAUCACGUUCCUCAAGGUCAUCAAGUUCUGUGGAAUUAAAUUGGGAGCCUGGUCUGCAAGAGUGCCUCUGAAAACUGGAAGGCAAUUUUUGUUUACAAGUCUAGCUUGGUAAUUGGAUGGUUUGUCAAUGCAGCGCAGUCACUUCUCAGUGAGUACCUUUAGUCAAGAGGACACGUUGUAAUUCAGGAGGUUGCUUGGAACAGGAAAAAAACUGAGGGAAUGUGUUAUUUCUGAAGGAUAUUUCUGUCAAGUAGUGGUAUCCUGAUUAAAUGCCCUCCUCCGUUCUAGGGAAUGGAGCAAAAUUUAAAUGGAGUUUAAAGAAGCAAAUCAGUCAUCUAGAGUGGAGAACUUUUCCCUGGAUAAGCUCCACCAUGAGGCGAGGUGGAUGGAGGAAGCGAGCUGAAAAUGAUGGCUGGGAAAAAUGGGGUGGGUAUAUGGCUGCCAAGGUCCAGAAAUUGGAGGAACAGUUUCGAUCAGAUGCUGCUCUGCAGAAGGAUGGGACUUCAUCUACAAUUUUUAGUGGAGUUGCUAUCUAUGUUAAUGGAUACACAGAUCCUUCUGCUGAGGAAUUGAGAAAACUAAUGAUGUUGCAUGGAGGUCAAUACCAUGUAUAUUAUUCCAGAUCUAAAACAACACAUAUUAUUGCCACAAAUCUUCCCAAUGCUAAAAUUAAAGAAUUAAAGGGGGAAAAAGUAAUUCGACCAGAAUGGAUUGUGGAAAGCAUCAAAGCUGGACGACUCCUCUCCUACAUUCCAUAUCAGCUGUACACCAAGCAGUCCAGUGUGCAGAAGGGUCUCAGCUUUAAUCCUGUAUGCAGACCUGAGGAUCCUGUGCCAGGUCCAAGCAAUAUAGCCAAACAGUUCAACAACAGGGUAAAUCACAUCGUUAAGAAGAUUGAAGCAGAAAAUGAAGUCAAAGUCAAUGGCAUGAACAGUUGGAAUGAAGAAGACGAAAAUAAUGAUUUUAGUUUUGUGGAUCUGGAACAGACCUCUCCGGGAAGGAAACAGAAUGGAAUUCCUCAUCCCAGAGGCAGCACUGCCAUUUUUAAUGGACACACUUCUAGCUCUAAUGGUGCCUUAAAGACACAGGAUUGCUUGGUGCCCAUGGUCAACAGUGUUGCCAGCAGGCUUUCUCCAGCCUCUUCCCAGGAGGAGGAUAAGGCUGAGAAGAGCAGCACUGAUUUCAGAGACUGCACUCUGCAGCAGUUGCAGCAAAGCACCAGAAACACAGAUGCUUUGCGGAAUCCACACAGAACUAAUUCUUUCUCAUUAUCACCUUUGCACAGUAACACUAAAAUUAAUGGUGCUCACCACUCCACUGUUCAGGGGCCUUCAAGCACAAAAAGCACUUCUUCAGUAUCUACUCUUAGCAAGGCAGCACCUUCAGUGCCAUCCAAACCUUCAGACUGCAAUUUUAUUUCAAACUUCUAUUCUCAUUCAAGACUGCAUCACAUAUCAAUGUGGAAGUGUGAAUUGACUGAGUUUGUCAAUACCCUACAAAGACAAAGUAAUGGUAUCUUUCCAGGAAGGGAAAAGUUAAAAAAAAUGAAAACAGGCAGGUCUGCACUUGUUGUAACUGACACAGGAGAUAUGUCAGUAUUGAAUUCUCCCAGACAUCAGAGCUGUAUAAUGCAUGUUGAUAUGGAUUGCUUCUUUGUGUCAGUGGGUAUACGAAAUAGACCAGAUCUCAAAGGCAAACCAGUGGCUGUUACAAGUAACAGAGGCACAGGAAGGGCACCUUUACGUCCUGGCGCUAACCCCCAGCUGGAGUGGCAGUAUUACCAGAAUAAAAUCCUGAAAGGCAAAGCAGCAGAUAUACCAGAUUCAUCUCUGUGGGAGAAUCCAGAUUCUGCACAAGCAAAUGGAAUUGAUUCUGUUUUGUCAAAGGCUGAAAUUGCAUCUUGUAGUUAUGAGGCCAGGCAACUUGGCAUUAAGAACGGAAUGUUUUUUGGGCAUGCUAAACAACUAUGUCCCAAUCUUCAAGCUGUCCCAUACGAUUUUCAUGCAUAUAAGGAAGUCGCACGAACACUGUAUGAAACAUUGGCAAGCUACACUCAUAACAUUGAAGCUGUCAGCUGUGAUGAAGCACUGGUGGACAUCACCGAAAUCCUUGCAGAGACCAAACUUACUCCUGAUGAAUUUGCAAAUGCUGUUCGUAUGGAAAUCAAAGACCAGACGAAGUGUGCUGCCUCUGUUGGAAUUGGUUCUAAUAUUCUCCUGGCUAGAAUGGCAACUAGAAAAGCAAAACCAGAUGGGCAGUACCACCUAAAACCAGAAGAAGUAGAUGAUUUUAUCAGAGGUCAGCUAGUUACUAAUCUACCAGGAGUUGGAUGUUCAAUGGAAUCUAAGUUGGCAUCUUUGGGAAUUAAAACUUGUGGAGACUUGCAAUAUAUGACCAUGGCAAAACUCCAAAAAGAAUUUGGUCCCAAAACAGGUCAGAUGCUUUAUAGGUUCUGCCGUGGCUUGGAUGAUAGACCAGUUCGAACUGAAAAGGAAAGAAAAUCUGUGUCAGCUGAGAUCAACUAUGGAAUAAGGUUUACCCAGCCAAAAGAGGCAGAAGCUUUUCUUCUGAGUCUUUCAGAAGAAAUUCAAAGAAGACUAGAAGCCACUGGCAUGAAGGGUAAACGUCUAACUCUCAAAAUCAUGGUACGAAAGGCCGGGGCUCCUGUAGAAACUGCAAAAUUUGGAGGCCAUGGAAUUUGUGAUAACGUUGCCAGGACUGUAACUCUUGACCAGGCAACAGAUAAUGCAAAAAUAAUUGGAAAGGCGAUGCUAAACAUGUUUCAUACAAUGAAACUAAAUAUAUCAGACAUGAGAGGGGUUGGGAUUCACGUGAAUCAGUUGGUUCCAACUAAUCUGAACCCUUCCACAUGUCCCAGUCGCCCAUCAGUUCAGUCGAGCCACUUUCCUGGUGGGUCAUACUCUGUCCGUGAUAUCUUCCAAGUUCAGAAAGCUAAGAAAUCCACAGAAGAGGAGCACAAAGAAGUAUUUCGGACUGCUGUGGAUCUGGAAAUAUCAUCUGCUUCUAGAACUUGCACUUUGCCACCUUUUCCCGCACAUCUGCCGACCAGUCCUGAUACUAACAAGGCCGAGUCUUCAGGGAAAUGGAACGGUCUGCAUUCUCCUGUCAGUGUGCAGUCAAGACUUAACCUGAGUAUAGAGGUCCCAUCACCUUCCCAGCUGGAUCAGUCUGUUUUAGAAGCACUUCCACCUGAUCUCCGGGAACAAGUAGAGCAAGUCUGUGCUGUCCAGCAAGCAGAGGCACAUGGUGACAAAAGGAAAGAACCAGUGAAUGGCUGUAACACAGGAAUUUUGCCACAACCAGUUGGGACAGUCUUGUUGCAAAUACCAGAACCUCAAGAAUCGAACAGUGACACAGGAAUAAAUGUAAUAGCCCUUCCAGCAUUUUCACAGGUGGACCCUGAGGUAUUUGCUGCCCUACCUGCUGAACUUCAAAGGGAGCUGAAAGCAGCAUAUGAUCAAAGACAAAGGCAGGGCGAGAACAGCAGCCACCAGCAGUCAGCCAGCGCAUCUGUGCCAAAGAAUCCUUUACUUCAUCUAAAGGCAGCAGUGAAAGAAAAGAAAAGAAACAAGAAAAAAAAAACCAUCGGUUCCCCAAAAAGGAUUCAGAGUCCUUUGAAAAACAAGCUGCCAAACAGUCCUGCAAAAACUCUGCCAGGGGCCUGUAGCAGUCCCCAGAAGUUAAUUGAUGGGUUUCUAAAACAUGAAGGAACUCCUGCAGAGAAACCCCUGGAAGAACUCUCUGCUUCUACUUCAGGUGUGCCAGGCCUUUCUAGUUUGCAGUCUGACCCAGCUGGCUGUGUGAGACCUCCAGCACCCAAUCUAGCUGGAGCUGUUGAAUUCAAUGAUGUGAAGACCUUGCUCAGAGAAUGGAUAACUACAAUUUCAGAUCCAAUGGAAGAAGACAUUCUCCAAGUUGUGAAAUAUUGUACUGAUCUAAUAGAAGAAAAAGAUUUGGAAAAACUGGAUCUAGUUAUAAAAUACAUGAAAAGGUUGAUGCAGCAAUCGGUGGAAUCGGUUUGGAAUAUGGCGUUCGACUUUAUUCUUGACAAUGUUCAGGUGGUUUUACAACAAACGUACGGAAGCACAUUAAAAGUUACAUAAAUAUUACCAGGGAGCCUGGUGCUCUCCGAUCGCUGUGCCAUAAGUGCUUGUGAGGUAUUUGCAAAGUGCAUGAUAGUAAUGCUCGGAGUUUUUAUAAUUUUAAAUUUCUUUUAAAGCAAGUGUUUUGUACAUUUCUUUUCAAAAAGUGCCAAAUUUGUCAGUAUUUGCAUGUAAAUAAUUGUGUUAAUUCUUUUACUGUAGCAUAGAUUCUAUUUACAAAAUGUUUGUUUAUAAAGUUUUAUGGAUUUUUACAGUGAAGUGUUUACAGUUGUUUAAUAAAGAACUGUAUGUAUAUUUUGUACAGGCUCCUUUUUGUGAAUCCUUAAAAACUCAACUCUAGGAAGCAACUACUGUUUAUUAUACUAAAAGGCUGAAAAACCUCCAGGCCAGACUGCUAAGCUCUGAAAUUCCUGAGAGGUCUCAGACCGGGAUUCUACUUGUUCCAAGAAAGGGUAAAGCUUCUAAACCAUCUUAUUCUUGUCUCCAAGCAUGAACACAGGAGCAUGUUAAGAAAAUCUUUACUUCUUCCAUGUGGAGAAAUCUACAUAUUUUGAAUUAGAAACACCCUCACACCCACUUGAAGAUUUUUUCUUGGGAACAUUAUGUCCCAUAGAUCAGAGGUGAUGUUGUCUUUGCCUCUACUGGCCAUUGAGAAACUGAUGAUAAAAAAGAACGGUAUAGAUUUUCAAACGGAUAUAAAAUAUUUUUAUGCUAUGUUAUGCCGUAACUUUAAAAUAAAAAUGUAGUUUAAAAUUC